GCCAAUAGAGAGAUUGAAAACGUCGAAAGAUGAAGUUCUCUGUUUUGUUGCUCUUCGCUAUUUUUAUGCAAGUUUAUGGAUUUUCCAUACCAAUCAUUUAUGAUACAAAAGCUGAAGGAUGUGUCAAUGGAACAUGUGGAGCUUAUUGUGCUUUGGAAGAUGCUAAAGUAUUUCCUGGAGAACAAUACAACUGGCCAGGAAAAUGUCAGAAAUUAUAUUGUGAACCAGAUUUUUCAUUGACAUUUUCAACUUGCUCAGAAUUUGAUAUAUAUGAUGAAUACACUUGGGUUGGAAGAGACAAUAGCAAACCAUAUCCAGAAUGUUGUGGAACUCAAGGUACAAAGAAACGUUACAACGAUUUUGAUUGAAUUUGAAUAAAUUUUUAUGCUUUUUAAUCAAUAAAAGAUUUGUAACUUUUGAUCAUAUUUUUUUCCUCA